AUGGAAUUUUUGAAAGACAAAGAUGGUAUAGUAAUGCACCAGCAAAAGUACAUUGGUGAAUUACUUAAAUUUUUUGAAAUGAAUGGCUGCAACUCAUGGUCAAAUCCAUCUGAGACAAACUCAAAGUUUGAUGAGUGUACUAAUGAAAAAAAGAUUGAUCCAACUAUGUUUAGACAAAUAGUUGGAUCACUGAGAUAUGUGUGCAAUAGUAGGCCUAAUAUCUGCAAUGUAGUGAGUGUCAUUAGCAGAUUUAUGCAUGAUCCAAGGAAGCCUCACUUAAUAGCUGCAAAGAGGAUCCUUAGAUACCUCAAAGGGACUUUGGAGUUUGGUUUACUAUUUCCUAUUGGUACAAAUAGUGAAGGGAGUACUUUAAUAGGAUAUUCAGAUAGUGACUGGUGUGGAGACAUAACUGAUAGGAGGAGUACAUCAGAUUAUGUUUUCAAAUUCUACAAUGCUGCAAUCUCAUGGUGUACAAAGAAACAAGCCGUGAUUGCACUCUCAUCAUAUGCAACUGAGUAUAUAGCAGACACAUUUGCAGCAUGCCAAUCAAUUUGGUUGAAUUCAGUGAUGAAGGAUAUCAAAUGUGAACUAAUGAAGCCUUUAAUUCUUAAGAUUGAUAACAAGUCUGCAAUAAGUUUGCUAAAAAUCCAAUCUCUCAUGGCAGGAGCAAACAUAUUGAUACCAGGUUUCAUUUCAUAA